ACAGAAUUCACAUCUGGGAGCAUUUCUGCCGCUUGUCAAACAAGCAAGAGCCUGCCCAGCAAAGAACAAUAGGGAAAAACCCUAAGUUCAGCUACCUGUGCUCCAAGGCUUCGGCAUAUGGCCCCCCAGGCCUCUGGUGACCUGCCGGUGGUCGGGCGGCUCUCAGGAUUCUCCCUCUGAGUAACACGGAGGCUGGGGGUGAGGUGAGGGACAGGAGCAGAGGGCAUGCUGGAGUAGCCAGCGGCAGGAAAACAGGACAGACUUGGCACCUGGCACUCCUGGGUCAUGUGAACUUAAGUUUCUGAGCCCCUCUGGGCCUCAGUUGCUGCAUCAGUAAAAUGAGCGUGAGACGAAGAUACCGUCGAUGAAAAGCGCCCGUCACAGCUCGGGCUCAGAGCGCUGUCAGCAGGACCUAGCACAAUGAUCUUUGGAAAAGGCCCAGCUCCGCUGCCCCCAGGAUGAAGCCUCCCCCUCUUCUGACCUUCCUUUGCCUCCUGGUGGCUCUGGCUGGCGGGAACCUGGUCCAGUUUGGGGUGAUGAUUGAGAAGAUGACAGGGAAGUCAGCACUGCAGUACAAUGACUAUGGCUGCUACUGUGGCAUCGGCGGCUCCCACUGGCCGGUGGACCCGACUGACUGGUGCUGCCAUGCCCAUGACUGCUGCUAUGGGCGUCUGGAGAAGAUGGGCUGUGACCCCAAACUAGAAAGGUAUCUUUUCUCUGCCAGCAAGAACAACAUCUUCUGUGCCGGCAAAACUGCCUGCCAGCGACAGACCUGCGAGUGUGACAAGACCGCUGCACUCUGCUUUCGCCAAAACCUGGCCACCUACAACCGCAAAUAUGCCCAUUACCCCAACAAGCUGUGCACGGGACCCACCCCACCCGGCUAAGGCCGUGCUCCGCCUCCUCCCUGAGGCUUUCCGAGGCCACCAGCUCCACAGCAGUAACCCCAGGCCUGGGGAACCUUGGCACCAAAGGCCCUCCCUCUGGAAAGUUCCUUUCCUGCAAACCCAUCCCUCCCUGAGAACACCCAGACCACGGCCUGGACCAUGGCUGGCCUCCUAGGUCCUAUCUUCCUCUUAGGAAGAACCAUGUCCCCAGACCCUUCCCAAAAGACACUGUAACCCAUCCCUGGAAUCUCAGUUCCCUCUUCUGAAUAAGUGAAUAAUGUUUGCCAUAAUUCUAAUAUUCUCUGAUUCUCAAAUUCUGUCAUUGUAGGAUUUGAUUCAUCUACAGUUUCAUUCAUUCAUUCAUUUAUUCAUUCAUUCAUUUGUGAGCACCUGCCAUGUGCCAGCAACGAGCUCAGCACUGGGGUACACAGGAACAAAUCUGACACGGGCGGCCCCUACGUGCAGUUCCAACGUCCCAUCCUUUUAAUUUCCCAUUAUAGUGCAUUUCUGUGAUUCUUUUCCUAACAUUCUACAAUCUUAUCCAAGACAAUACUGGCAAUCACUGGGAGUAUUUCUGGCCAUAAGGCGGAAUGUGAGAAGCAUGAAAAAUACCAGCCUAAAAAUAUUGUCCCCACUAUGUCAUCAGGCUUCAAAUCCCUCCCAUUAGCAGAUAGGCUAAGAGUGAAAAGGCAGCUCUGGAAUCAUCUUAUCCAAACCUCUCCUUUGACAGACAGGCCUUCCAGGGGUCAGAGAGCGGGAGGGAGUUCUACCUGAGGGGGUGUCCUCACUCCCAGGUCAGGAUGCCUUCAAUUCUUCAGGACUCGGUACCGACCACUGACACUCUCUCCUUCUGGUUGUCACCAUAAACAGCCCAGAGUGCCCAGGGCAGGUCAGCUGUGAGGCGGCACAGACCGGGUCAGGCUCCUGAUACAGGGAGGGGUGAAGGAAAGAUUUCAACAGCGUGGGGCUGACUCCGGCACCAUGAGGAAUUGAAGGCACCAAAGAAUUCCUAACAGCUAGAAUGCAGCCUAUCCUGGAAGUAAUGUGCUUAAACAGUGUCUACUCCUAGAUAUAGAUAUAAUAUCUCCGGUACCUAUAAUAUGGUGAUAAAAUCUUCCAAUGUUAAUGGCAUUGCACAGAGCAAAGCUCAUAGUGGACACAGAAUAAAGCGAAGAAACCAAAGGGAUGGUUUUCAUAGACUUUAAAAGGAGAAGUUCUGUGCUGGUGAAAAGGGGGACAGGACAGGCGUGCGAGGUUUGAGGCUGCGACUGACUCAAAUCCUUGGUCAAGAACCACCACCUCAGGACGGCUGGGAAAUGCGGUCCUGAGGUGCCCUCUGGUGUUCAUUUUAUUCCGGCUACUAGGAGGGAGCCUAGAUUUGCCUUAAACCUGGUUUCCCUUCAGUGGGGAGCGGGGUGGGGGUAAUGUGUGCUUCUGGGGUAGUGAAAUUGGUCCCCUCGUAGUUUCAAUAAUAAAUAUGCUAAGAAAUAACCAAAUAAGUCCUUACAACAAUCUUAGAAUGAUGGUGCUGCUGCAUAAAUGAGAAACACAGGCAGAAGGGAGCGACAUGGGAGAGACGGAGAGAAGUUAUGUCCUGGGCGUGAUGGAUUUCACGUAGCAAUGGGACAAGGACCUGGUGACCUAGCAGUUGUGUAACCAUCCAACAACGUGAAAAUGGAACUUGAGAACAAGAUUCCAGUACACCUGCUGUGACCUUCAGGACACAGAUCACGGCAUAUCCUUUGUUUUCCCAGAGAUCAAUAAAUGCUUGGUGAAUGAA